ACACCAUCUUUCCUCUUUGAAGAGCUCAAGAAACCUUCAUCAUGAAACCUGGUAGGAGACAGCUUCUAGGUUUGGUCUUGGCCAUUUUCGGAGUCCUGGGGACCAUCAUCAGCUGUGCUCUCCCCACAUGGAGAUCCCCUAAGUGGAGUAAAUCAGAGGGUUUGUGGAAGUCCUGUGACUCUGAUUAUCAUUACUAUCCACGACCAACAACACUGUGCAAAUCUUAUGAUUCUUUGCUGGACUUACCUCAAGACCUGCAGGCUGCCAGAGUGCUCAUCGUCAUCGCCAUCAUUGUCGGGAUCUUUGGGGUGAUGGUUGGUGUUGUCGGGGGCAACUGCACCACCUUGGUUUCAAAUAAAAGGAAAAAUAGCAAAGUGGCUAUAGCUUCUGGAAUUACCUUCAUCAUAUCAGGUGUCCUGGUGAUCAUUCCAAUCUGCUGGAGCACCAUCACAACUCUCACCAUGUCGAGAACCUAUUACUACGGACCUCCAUUGAUGGGAGCCUCACUCUACAUCGGCUGGGCCUCUGCAGGGCUGCUGUUACUGGGAGGAAACCUCCUCUGCUGCUCCUGUCCAUGCAGUAAUGAGAAUGACAUUAAAGUUGAGUACUCCAAACCCAGCUCUGUGUAAAAAUAUAUAAAUACUGCAAUAAACUAAAUAAGGCCUACAUUUAAAUGUAUACAGUCACUCGGGAUCAAGAGAAAUGUUUUAGAAAAGCUUUACUAUCUGUAUUUUCCUUUAAUGAGUAAAAGAAUAAAGCAUGAAAUGCGACCAAAACAGGCAAAAAUGUUCGCAGUGUGUGUAAAACAAAUAUUUCUUUUAGUGUCUUUUUAUAAUAUAUUAAAGUUAUAGAAACAGGUUUUUCUAGGUUGUAGGUUGUAAUCUUCUUCAUUUGAAAUUUCCAAAAAAUCU